AUGGCAAAUGAUAGCGGUCCAUCAACAACAGUAAACUUUAACAACGAUCAGGUAGUAGUACUAGACGAAUUGGAAACUUCUUCGCUUACUAGUAGUAUCGAGCUAAAGGAUGCUAUCAUAGACAGUAGUUGGUUUGGACCGGCUGAUAUACAUUCCAAAAAGCCUACUGGCGUCAAGUGGGCAAAAAGAGUUCUAGAAGCGGAAGCUCGAGGUACCGGUGAAACUGAAUUACCAUCACGGUCCUUUUUUUACAGAUGGUGGCAAUCAUGGCAAGAUAAAGUUCUACUUAAACGACUUGACGCAUAUGAUUUGGAUGAAGCUAAAACUUUUGUGGCACAAAAACUGUUUAAAGUUGAUAAUAUCAUAUGCGAUCAACAAACAAAAUUGCUGCUAAUUGAAAAAAUGGUUCUUUGCCCAACAGCGAAGUCUUCGAGUGCUGAAUAUGAACAACUAAAGGCUAAAUACGGAGUUCGACUGGCUGAUUGGUUAAAAGAUCGUUUGGUGCCGUAUGUUAACGAUACGGGAAAUGUUAUACAAAGUGCUUUGCAAGAUUUUAAUUCUUUGAAACGUCUCGAUCCGCUAUGCAACUGGUAUCGAUUAAAUUCGGAAUCGUGUGCUCGAAUGUUAGAACGGGUUCAAAAUUUAGCUGGUGUAAUGGCUGGGAUGGUUCGAUAUUCUCUUCUGUUAGAACCGGGUACUAUAACGCCACAUCUAACGGCUUAUGCCGCCGAGUUCCAUCAGCUGAAAACAUUUUUUGAGCGAAAUGAAAUGACUACAGCUGAAGCUGCUCAAACAGCAUUCUCGUCCAAUUAUCUCACCAAGGCUAGAAAUAAAUUUAUUGAAUGUGCUGACUCAUCACGCGUCAUUCUGCAACCGAUGGAAACGGUUGACAUCUCAACAUUUGAACGACCUUUUGACGACGAAGAAGGAGGGCCUCAUUCACCGCUAUUUUCGGAUGUCGAUGAUGUGCCGCCGUUGCUCAGGACAAUCUCACCCUACGGGACAGCAGAUUUCAUCCAUGCUUCUUACGUUCGUGGUGGUCCAUUACUGAACAUCUUUAUAUGCACACAAGCACCAAUGUCAUCAACGCUGGUCGAUUUUUGGCAUAUGGUUUGGCAAGAAAAUUCACAAUUAAUUAUCAUGCUUUGUAGCGCCGUAGAAGAUGAUCAGCUUGGACUCCUUGACUCGUCGAUGCCUAUCUGUUGUCCGUAUUAUUGGCCAAAGCUUGAGGGAACCGAAAUGCAGUGUGGCAGUUUCGUAAUACGAAACGAAAGAAUUGAUGGAACUGCUGAUCCGUUGUUUACUGUUACGCAUCUGUUACUGAGUCGUCUGGAUGACGGAAAAAACGAAGUUCAUCGGAUUGAGCAUUGGCAAUACGACUGGAGAGAUUUCUGCGACGUUCACUGGCCAUUACGCGUUCUUCGAAAGGCUCGUCUUUCACCACAUCCAACAAUUGUCCAGUGUCUUGAUGGUUGUUCACGAUCUGGUACAUUGGUGACAAUUGAAGCAUUGUUGAUGCAUCUGCUACGUGGGUCGGCUAACUAUGAUAAACUGGUGCUAACAACGGCACUAUUUGUACGACUGCAACGUCGACAUGCUAUUGGUACACCGUUACAAUAUUUGUAUAUAUACCGUGUUUUACUACACUGGAUGCAACCGUAUAUUACCUCAUACGUACAUCGAUUUUAUUUGGGUUUGAUAUUCCCAAAAUGGGGAUUUAUUGGCAAAUACAAUAAGUUGAUACUUAAACGUUUGCCAAAAUAA